AUAGCACUCGCUUGGAGCGGUCUAUUCAAGUUGUUCAGUGAUUGCCUUAUAGUAGCACGUUCGCCUCUCUCUCUCUCUCUCUGCGUCUGCCAUCGCUCGUUCGUAACCAACGAAACUUCCAGAUCGAGCACUGCAACCCAGCUGCACGAGGAAGGCACGCGUGAAUAAAACCAGCAAAAACUCCUCCGCCCUGAGGCACAGUUCGUCCGUGUGCUAAUCCAAACGCGCUCAACAAAGAAACUCGGCGAUAAUCGCUAAGCGAAACGUUACUUUUCUUCACUUGUGUCUAUUUUGUUUAUCGUAUGUCCAUCCAGAAUCUUAAUACAUUUGACCCAUUUGCUGAUGCAAUAAAGGGUGCAGACUACGAUGUGCAGGACGGUCUCGUGCACAUAAGAAUUCAGCAGAGAAAUGGUCGCAAAACGCUAACCACUGUCCAGGGAUUGUCGGCCGAGUACGACCUGAAGAAGAUCGUGCGAGCAUGUAAGAAGGAAUUCGCAUGCAAUGGCACAGUAAUUGAGCAUCCUGAGUACGGCGAGGUGCUACAGCUGCAGGGUGACCAGCGGGAGAACAUUUGCCAGUGGCUAACGAAGUCCGGUCUCGCAAAACCGGACCAGCUGAAGGUGCACGGUUUUUAAGUUCACGAAUCCCCGGUUGCCGUCAAUCACGCUCCGUUCGUGUGCGUGUGUGACCGUGUGAAGAGCGUGAAACAAUACAGUAGGAGUAAAAGAGGAAUAGGGCAAACAGUAAGAGGAAUAGUAGGGAACACAGAAAGAAUAGGUACUGAACGUCAACCAAACACCCAGCUAACUCUUUCUUUUCUGCAAAGCAUAACCACACUCCGGUACUGCGCUCUGACGACGCUACUUGCCUAUUGCUUCACAUCGACAUCCGUGGCACACCGCGUACCGCUGAAUGAAUGUAAAUUCUCUCGCAUCAGAUUCUCAUCACCUUUCCCUUUCCACACAUGUCUAUUUAUCGGUUCUAAAUUACAAUCUGCAUUGUCCGUGAUUCAUCGAUCGAUCCUUAGCACACAUUAACAACGCACCAAGCUCUGUCACUUGUCGUCGCUGUCCAAUUUCGUGAUUAGGGGUAGCCGCGUAAAGAUAACUGCUCAUCGUUCGUCUGGAUUGUUUUCCACUUCCAAUGAGAAUUUCCAUUGGAAGAGUAGGGUAUUCCCAGGUGCAACGAUACAAUCAGUCGCGAAGUGGACAAGCUGCGGUUAAUAGUAUCGCAGUUCCUUCGUGCAGCAGUAGCCAGUUGUGUACCGUGUCGGUGUGUGCCGCGCAGCGGCUUGCAUCGAUGGGUAUUGAAUCACUGUCUCUGCUGUAAACCUGGAAUCAUGGGAAUUUAGUACAGGAAUAGAGUGCGUGCGUGCGUACGUGCAUUCGUGCGCACGUACGUGACCGAGUGAGCGAGCGAGCAAGAGAGAGAGAGAGAGAGAGGUGCAUGUGUGUGUGUGUGUUUGUGCCGCGCGGUUGAAGAAAUGCAGUUUAGCGGCCAACAUUAAAGAACAUCAUCAUCAGGGGCAAACUAUUGAACGAAACAACCAGACGGUAAUGAUGUGCGCAUCCUUGACAUCAGCGCAGCAGUAACAACAGCCAGCAUCAGCCUUUUAUUUCGAGAAGGGAAAUCACUGUCUCUUGAAGAGUUUGUCGCGUUAUACACUUUUGUCAUCUUAGAUCGAAAUAAUAAUGUAAAACAAGCAACAACAACAACAAAAAAACAUAGCCAAAAUCAGAAAAAUAACUAUGCUGUUUUAAAUUGAAUUUAUGUCUUUUGUACAU